AUGUCGGCCGUAACGGGUGGCUUCCUCGGCCGGUCGAGUAGUAAUACGGCCAACAUGCGAGGCCUCGUCCAGUUCAUUGCCGACUUGCGAAAUGCUCGAGCGAGAGAUCUCGAAGAAAAGAGAAUCAACAAGGAACUGGCCAACAUUCGUCAAAAGUUCAAAGAUGGCAGUUUGAGCGGCUACCACAAGAAGAAAUAUGUUUGCAAGCUGCUCUACAUCUACAUCCUCGGAUGGAACGUCGAUUUCGGCCACCUCGAGGCCGUGAACCUCAUUUCAGCAACCAAGUAUUCUGAAAAGCAGAUUGGUUAUCUCGCCAUGACCCUCUUCCUCCAUGAGAAGCACGAGCUGCUUCAUCUCGUUGUCAACAGUAUCCGGAAGGAUUUACUGGAGAACAAUGAACUCUUCAACUGUCUCGCUUUACACGCCAUUGCGAACGUGGGUAGCAAGGAGAUGGGUGAAGCCUUGAGCAGCGAGGUCCACAGGCUCCUGAUCGCUCCUACAUCCAAGACCUUCGUGAAGAAGAAGGCAGCUCUGACUCUGCUGCGCCUGUACCGCAAGCACCCCGAGAUUAUCCAGCCCCAAUGGGCUGAGCGCAUCAUAUCGCUCAUGGACGAUCCCGAUCUGGGCGUGGCCUUAUCAGUCACAUCCCUCGUUAUGGCCCUAGCACAGGACAACCUCGAACAGUACCAGGGUGCUUACGCCCGAGCCGCGAUCAAACUCAAGCGCGUCGUUAUCGACGGCGAGUUCACACCCGACUACCUCUACUACAAAGUGCCUUGCCCCUGGAUCCAGGUCAAGCUACUCCGCCUCCUGCAAUAUUUCCCUCCGUCCGAGGAUACCCAUAUCCGCGACAUGAUUCGAGAAUCUAUUCAAAAGAUUCUUAACCUCGCCCUUGAACAGACCAAGAACGUUCAGCAGAAUAACGCGCAAAAUGCCGUGCUGUUCGAGGCCAUUGAUCUCGUCAUCCACUUGGACACGGAGACUGCCCUUAUGAAGCAGAUUUCCUCCAGGCUGGGACGUUUCCUCACUUCACGGGAAACCAAUGUUCGCUACCUUGGUCUCGAAGCCAUGACGCAUCUUGCCGCGCGGGGCGAGAACCUGGAGCCUAUCAAGCAGCACCAAGAUGUCAUCGUGGGGUCCCUCAAAGAUCGGGACAUCAGUGUCAGGAGGAAAGGCCUUGACCUUCUCUACAGCAUGUGCGACACGUCCAACGCCCAGGUCAUUGUUGGCGAGCUGCUGCAUUUUCUGCAAAACGCCGACUUUGCUAUUCGCGAAGAGAUGGUGCUGAAGAUUGCUAUUCUGACGGAAAAGUACGCUACCGACGUUCAGUGGUACGUUGACAUCUCGCUGCGACUGAUCGCCAUGGCCGGCGACCACGUCAGCGACGAGGUCUGGCAGCGCGUGAUUCAGAUUGUGACCAACAACGAGGAGUUGCAGGUCUACGCGGCCCAGCACUCACUUCAGUACGUCAAGCAGGACCACUGCCACGAGACGCUCGUCAAGAUUGGUGCGUACAUCCUGGGCGAGUUUGGUCACUUGAUCGCCGACCAGCCCAAGUGUAGCCCGAUUGAGCAGUUCCUGGCAUUGCAGGGCAAAAUUUCGGCAUGCUCAUCGCCUACUCGAGCCAUGAUUCUGUCCUGCUUUGUUAAAUUCGUGAACCUCUUCCCAGAAAUCAAGCCCCAGCUCCUCAACGCAUUCCGCAUCUUCAGUCACACGCUGGACUCGGAGCUGCAGCAGCGAGCUUGCGAAUACCUGGCCCUGGCCAACAUGCCCACGGACGAUCUUCUGCGCACCGUUCUGGACGAGAUGCCGCCGUUCCCCGAGCGCCAGUCGGCACUCCUGUCGAGACUGCAUCAGAAGCACGCCAACACAAGUGAUAAGAGGACUUGGGUUGUGGGUGGUAAGCAUGCAAAUGCAGAUGCGUCAGAGCUGGCCAUGGCGAAGAACGCGGCCCUCAAGAGAACCUUCAGCUCCAACGGCGCUCUCAACGGGCACGCCAAUGGGGCCAACGGCAAGUCCAGCGCGAGCGACUUGGCAGGCCUCGACAUGAACAACAUUGGACCUGCCGAGCCCAAGACGAAGCCGCUGAACCUGGCCAGCGCGGCCCAUCUGUCGCCCGGCUGGCAGCAGGGCUUCAAUAAGCUGCUGCUGCGGUCUGAAGGUGUGCUCUUCGAGGACGGCCAGAUCCAGGUCGGCGUCCGGUCGGAGUACAGGGGUCAAAUGGCUUGUCUGAUUCUCUACUUCUCCAACAACACGCCAGCGACGAUCAACUCAUUCACGACGACGCUGGAUCUGGACGAGAGCGAGAAGGGGAAGCUGACGUGGGAUAUCAAGGGCAUGCCGGACAGCUCGAUCGCGCAGGGCGCCCAGUCCCAGCAGGUCAUCAUGUUUGAGUCCAAGCGGGUUUUCGAGAAGAGCCCGACGAUUCGCAUCAGUUACCUCGCUGGCGCCCUGCAGGCGCUGACGCUGAAGCUGCCGGUGGCGGCGCACAAGUUUAUGGACCCCGCGGACCUGUCGGCGGAAGACUUCUUCAAGCGGUGGAAGCAGAUUGGCGGCGGCGCGCGGGAGGCGCAGCAGGUCGUCGGCCUGAACGCGGCAAGCAAGUACGCAGGCAAGGAGAUGAACCACACGUUCGUCAAGAAGACGGUCGAAGGGUUCCGAUGGCGGGUGCUCGAGGGCGUGGAUCCCAAUUCUAAGAACUUUGUGGGCGCCAGCGUGCUGCACACGUCGGAGGGGGGCAAGUUUGGCUGUCUCAUGCGCCUCGAACCCAACUACGUUACACAGAUGCUACGCCUCACGAUUCGGGCGACGGACGAGACGGUGCCAUCAACGUUGAUGAGGCUCAUGGAGGAGCGCUUGGCAGUUGGUAUGAACAUGGGCCUCGACAAGCCGUCACCACCGAGCCGGGAUCAGAUCUCGGACGCCUUUUCGAACGUCAUGGUGGCGUAA